AUGCUUCACAUUCCAGACGUAGUAAUUGGUAUUGAAAGAGCCAAUCAUAAACAUUUCGAUGACAUCUACGAAACCUAAAAACUAGCAAACCCUGUGAAAAUAUCCAUGAUUAAAAUCCAAUAUAACAAGGAGCAUGUCACAGGAGUCAAGCUUAAAUACAAAGCAAUUGAUGGAAGAGUAGCUAAAGGAACUUGCUCAAUGAAGUUCAAAUUGCUCGGAGGCUUGCUCUCUGGAACAAAGAAAGAAAAAUACAAUAUCGCUGACGAUGAUUUCAUCAAGGAAAUACAUGGAUAUGUUGGCACAGAAAUUAAUCAAUUUGGAUUUACAACUUACAAAGGAGUUAGUCACAGGUGCGGUAUAGCAAAAGGAGUGUCGUUUUCUCACCACUUUCCACUUCAUACAUUCUCCUCAGCAAGAGGCUCAUACGAUAAGUUCUUGGACUUUAUAGCCUUUAGAGUAGUACCUCUUACUCCUGAUUAAUUGAAAAAAUUGGGAUUGGGUUAAGGGAAUGUUAAUGUUGUUGUCACAUAAGUCACUCAACCUCCUCCUCCUCAACCCUAGCUCCAAUAGCCAGGAUAAUACCCUCCACCAGGAUAGUAUCCUCCCCCAGGAUAAUACCCUCCACCUGGAUAGUAUCCACCUCCUGGACAAUACCCCCCACCUGGAUAAUACCCACCUCCUGGACAAUAUCCACCACCUGGAUAACAACCUCCACCUGGACAAUAUCCUCCUCCAGGAUAUCCAGGAUAACAACCACCUCCUGGGUAAUAUCCUCCACCUGGACAAUAUCCACCACCUGGACAGUAUCCACCAGGAUAAUACCCUCCCCCUGGAUAGUACCCUCCUCCUGGAUAAUAUCCACCUGGACAGUAUCCACCUGGAUAGUAUCCACCUCCUGGAUAAUACCCUCCACCAUAAAAUACUACUGUUAUCAUCGAGUAGCAAGGUCCUCCACCCCCUCAAUAACAUAGUGGUGGAGGCGGUGCCGUUGCUGGAGCACUUAUUGGAGGUGCUUUGAUUGGGGCUGCUUUGGCAAACGAUAAUCACCACCAUCAUCAUCAUCAUGGUCCAAAUGUUGUUGUUGUGAAAAAGCACGGUCAUCAUCAUUGAAUUUAUUUAGCCAUUAUUCAAUAUAUAUAAGCAUUAAUAUU